GGACCUGUUUAGGCAGAUCCAGUGUCUCUCAUAAGAGUAAAAAAGGUUGUGUUGAUGAGGUAAAGAAAGAGAAACCCAUGCAAAUAGGGUACAAUUAGAAUAAACAGGAUAAACAGGUUGUGCUGAUUCCAGUGAUUGACAGUUUAUUCACUUCCUUUCCUGCUCACUCAUAAGCCAUGUAACAUUUCUAUAAAUGCUAACAAUUUUUUAUGAUGAAUCACUUUGGAUAAAACCAUCUGCUAAAUGAAUAAAUGUAAACGUGUCAUGACCUAAAUAUUUUCCCUGUGUAGGUGUGGCUGCUGUCCCUCCCUAAUGCCUGUUUCUCCAGGCUAUGCACAUCUUAACCAAAAUGAGCCUAUGAACUCUCUGCGCAUCUCUGUUGGAGGGCUCCCGAUGCUGGCUUCCAUGACCAACACUACCGACCCCCGCUUCCACAUCAAAUGGAAAGCCAUUGUGGUGAUAGCGUCAGCACUAACCCUCGUCCUCUUCAUCUACAUGCAGCUUUUGCCCUUUCACCCCCAAACCAGAAGCAAAUUUGGUUUGAGGUUAAACCAUCAGGAGGUGAGAACGGAGGGCCAUUACAAUGACACAUACCCCCUAAGUCCACCAGAGCGCACGGAACAGGGCACACGCUACCGUAUAGGGGUCAUCGCUGACCUGGACACGAACUCACUCAGUGAUAAGAAGCUGACCUGGUUUAGCUACAUGCUGAAGGGUCACCUCCUGGUGUCGGAGAGUGGAGAUACAGUGGCGGUCGAAUGGGAUGAGGACAGGGUGGUCUUGGAAAGUCACCUGGCAGAGAAGGGUCGCGGCAUGGAGCUCUCCGAAUUAGUGGUGUUUAAUGGCAAGCUGUACAGCGUUGAUGAUCGUACGGGUGUUGUAUAUAACAUAGAUGGACUCAAGGCAGUGCCCUGGGUCAUACUGCCAGAUGGGGAUGGCUCGGUUUCAAAAGGGUUUAAGGCUGAGUGGCUUGCAGUGAAGGAUGAGCACUUAUAUGUGGGGGGUUUGGGGAAGGAGUGGACCACCACCAAUGGAGAAGUGCUGAAUGACAAUCCUGAGUGGGUAAAAGUGGUGGGAUUCAACGGAGAUGUACAGCACCAGAACUGGGUCCCUAAGUACGAUGCUCUCCGCAGUGCUGCAGGCAUCAGUCUGCCCGGGUACCUCAUACAUGAGUCUGCAGCUUGGAGCGACACAUUGCAGCGCUGGAUCUUCCUGCCACGACGUGCUAGCAGCGAGCAAUACGAUGAGACAGCAGAUGAGCGACGGGGCACCAAUCUAAUGCUCAGCUGCUCCCCAGACUUCCAGGACAUUAAAGUGAGAAAUGUUGGGCCCCUGAACCCUACGCAUGGCUUUUCGUCAUUCAAGUUUGUCCCCAACACAGAUGAUCAGAUUAUUGUUGCCCUAAAGUCUGAGGAGGAUGCUGGGAAAAUCGCCACUUACAUUGUGGCGUUCACCCUAGACGGCAGAAUCCUGCUUCCUGAAACCAAGAUUGGGGACGUGAAGUAUGAGGGACUUGAAUUCAUUUAGUGUCAGAGGGAUUUGUCUGAAGGUAAAUCCAUGCCAAGGACUGGUAAAUUCCUUCUUCUAGAUGAUGUACAUCUAGAUGUGGACAUUAAUGUGUCUUUAUGUUGAAAUAGUUGAAUGACGUUUAAAUAAUGUCAACUGGCUAUUGGCAGCCAUUGCCUAAAAUGUGGUUGUGGUUAUAGAGACUAAAGGAUUUAGUACAUGUUGAACCUUUAUUUUAAGAGACUUAUCAGAGCCUCAUUGCCAUUUUCAACCGUGACCAUUAGUGGUUUCACGACAGUACUGUACGUACCAUGUAAUGAAUGUAACAGAAUGAAUUAAGUGAAGUGAUAGACUAUAGUACAUGCAUAAAAUAGUUUACUGUACACACAUUAUAGCAGUUGCCAUGUGGUUUUGUUGAAUGUCUUUUUUUUUUAAUCGUGCAUUUUGGUUUUUAUUUACUUUCUUGAUCAGUGUCUUAAGCAGAUCAGCUACUUUUUUUAAAAUGCACCAGAGCUAUUUAUUUGU